CAUCAGGAGAUUAUUUUGGCGCAUUAGUAGAAGCCGAGCGAUCAGAUGCAGUUUUGAGGGCGACACGUGACAACCAAUUCAUAGCCCACAGCCAAAGCGGGAUUCUUUUCGGCUUUGCUUUGAGAUCAAAUAAAAAGCAUGUCAUCCACGUAAUUCGAGUUUGACGCUUUUGGAGUGAAUUUAAUUUGGAUAAGCUGUGGGGAUAUUUCUGCAAAUAAGGAAGCGACGCAUCAAUGAACGGAAUCUAAAACCGAGAGUGUAGGAAGAAGCCGGUGAAGAAGCAAAAGCCAGCAGGCUAUAUAUGGGAGAGGAUCGAGAGCCCGUGUUGACAGCUUCAGAAAUCAAAGCCGCCCAAUUCGCCGCUCAAGAACUUUAGAUAAUUAUCCGCCCAUGGUACUGUCAAUGAAUAGAUUCUGGCGGUUCCACCUGACUGCUGAUCGCUGAAUCUGCAGUAGUCGCGUUUGUUUCCGAGGGCGAUGAUCAUGAUUCAGGUUGACGGCCACUGAAACAGCCGGGAAUCUGAAUCCGUAACUUCUCUCUAAGUCUUGGUCGUCAAUGGUCAGGCGAGCGUGAAUCCCGUUUAGGUUUUGCUGCUGGUAGCUCGCUCAUCGAGGUCAGCGGUUCUGCGUUUGCUCUCUUCACUUUCUCCAUUUUGGGUGGCUAUGUCAGCACUUGAUUUCUGCACCAUGCUGCAGCUUACUCCGCAAAUUUUUUUAACCCAAGCAAAGUUUAUUUUUAUAUGGUUAAUUUGAAGACGAAGGAAAAUGUCUUCCUCAAGGCGUGGCCAAUCGUCCAGCAAUUCAGGAAGAUCACGACAUAGUGCUAGGGUCAUUACUCAGACCACCGUGGAUGCAAAGCUUCAUGCAGAUUUUGAGUCUGGUAGCUUCUUCGACUACUCCAGUUCAGUGCGUGUUUCAGGCACCCUUAGUGCUGGCGAGCAUCAGUCAAGUUCUGACAGAGUAACAACAGCUUACCUCCAUCACGUACAGAAAGGCCUGUUGAUCCAGCCUUUUGGCUGCUUGCUAGCCUUAAAUGACAAAACAUCCAAGGUCAUUGCCUACAGUGAGAAUGCACCUGAAAUGCUUACCUUGGUUAGUCAAACUGUGCCAAAUGUUGGUGAUCACCCUGCUCUUGCAAUGGGAACUGACAUUAGAAGCAUUUUCACUGGCGAAAGUGCUUCUGCCUUGCAGAAGGCAAUGGGAUUUGGGGAGGUUUCACUUCUUAACCCCAUCCUUGUCCAUUGCAAGACAUCUGGGAAGCCUUUUUAUGCAAUUGUCCAUCUUGUCACUGGUAGCAUGAUCGUUGACUUCGAGCCUGUCAAGCCUUAUGAAGUUCAGAAGACUGCAAUGGGCGCUCUCCAAUCUUACAAACUCGCCUCCAAAGCAAUUACCCGAUUACAAGCAUUGCCUAGUGGCAGUAUGGAAAGGCUCUGUGAUGUCAUGGCUCAUGAGGUUUUUGAGCUCACAGGUUAUGACAGGGUGAUGGUGUAUAAAUUUCAUGAAGAUUAUCAUGGAGAAGUGGUUGCUGAGGUCAAAAAGCCUGGCUUAGAGUCAUAUUUGGGCUUGCAUUAUCCAGCCACUGAUAUUCCACAGGCUACACGCUUUUUAUUUAUGAAGAGCAAGGUUCGUAUGAUAGUUGAUUGUCGGGCAAAAUAUGUGAAGGUGCUUCAAGAUGAAAACCUGCCAUAUGAUUUAACCUUCUGUGGCUCAACCUUGAGGGCUCCUCAUAGUUGCCACGUGCAAUAUAUGCAGAACAUGAAUCUAAUUGCCUCCCUGGUUAUGGCAGUUGUGGUCAAUGACAGAGAUGAAGAUGGAGAUAGCUCUGCUUCUGUACAGCCACGAAAGAGGAAGAGACUCUGGGGCCUGGUAGUUUGCCAUAACUAUAGCCCCCGGUUUGUUCCUUUUCCUCUUAGGUAUGCUUGUGAGUUUCUGGCUCAAGUAUUUGCUAUCCACGUUAACACAGAAUUAGAGUUGGAAUAUCAGAUUAUUGAGAAAAGCAUCCUGCGAACCCAGAGCCUCCUGUGUGAUAUGCUGAUGCGUGAUGCACCCCUAGGGAUUAUAUCACAGAGCCCAAAUAUAAUGGAUCUCGUGCAAUGUGAUGGAGCUUGCCUCUUAUAUAACGACAAGGUAUGGAGAUUAGGAGUAACACCAAGUGAAUCCCAGAUAAGAGAGAUAGCGUUAUGGCUGUCAGAAUGUCACAAGGAUUCCACUGGUUUGAGCACAGAUAGCUUGACUGAUGCCGGCUUCCCGGGAGCUGAUGCUCUUGGUGAUAUGGUAUGUGGAAUGGCAGCCGUGACAAUAGCCUCCAAAGACAUGGUUUUCUGGUUUCGGUCACAUGCUGCUGCAGAAAUCCGAUGGGGUGGUGCAAAGCAUGAACCUGGUGAAGAGGAUGAUGGUGGAAGAAUGCACCCAAGAUCAUCAUUCAAGGCGUUCCUUGAAGUUGUUAAGUCAAGAAGUUUGCCAUGGAAAGACUAUGAAAUGGAUGCUAUCCACUCCUUGCAGCUCAUCCUGAGAAAUGCAUUCAAAGAGACAGAGAUUAUGGACACAAGCACAAAUGCAAUCAAUACAAGACUAAGUGUAUUGAAAAUUAAAGGAAUGCAAGAACUGGAAAUGGUGACAAGUGAGAUGGUUCGGUUAAUCGAAACAGCAACCGUACCAAUUUUGGCAGUCGAUGUUGAUGGGUUGGUCAAUGGAUGGAACAACAAAAUUGCUGAGUUGACGUGUCUUCCAGUCGAUGAAGCUAUUGGAAAGCAUUUGCUCACACUUGUUGAAGAUUCUUCAGUUGAUAGAGUCAAGAAGAUGCUUGCCAUGACACUGCAAGGUGAAGAAGAGCAGAAUGUUCAAUUUGAGAUCAAGACACAUGGGUCUAAGGCUGACUCUACUUCUAUUAGCUUAGUAGUUAAUGCUUGUGCAAGCAAGGAUCUUCAUGAUAAUGCUGUUGGGGUUUGUCUUGUGGCUCAAGAUAUAACCGCUCAGAAGACGGUUAUGGACAAAUUCACUCGAAUUGAAGGUGAUUACAAGGCAAUUGUACAGAACCCAAAUCCUUUGAUUCCCCCAAUAUUUGGUACAGAUGAAUUUGGCUGGUGUUGUGAAUGGAAUCUGGCUAUGACAAAGUUAACUGGAUGGAAGCGAGAGGAGGUGAUGAAUAAGAUGCUUUUAGGGGAAGUGUUUGGUACGCAGAUGGCUUGUUGUCGGCUCAAGAAUCAAGAAGCUUUUGUCAAUUUUGGUAUUGUACUUAACAAAGCCAUGACUGGUUUGGAAACGGAGAAGGUUGUCUUUGGUUUCUUUGCUCGGAAUGGCAAGUAUGUAGAAUGCCUGCUUUCUGUAAGUAUGAAAUUGGACUCAGAGGGAGCAAUUACUGGGGUCUUCUGUUUCUUGCAGCUAGCAAGCCCAGAGCUGCAACAAGCAUUGCAUAUUCAGCGCCUUUAUGAAAAAACUGCCAUGAAGAGACUAAAAGCUUUAACUUAUAUGAAAAGGCAGAUUUGGAAUCCUUUAUGCGGGAUUAUGUUCUCCCGUAAAAUGUUGGAUGAUACUGAAUUAGGGACCGAACAAAAGCAGCUUCUACACAUUAGUGCUCAGUGCCAGCGCCAGCUGAGAAAAAUCCUUGAUGACUCAGAUCUUGACAGAAUCAUUGAUGGGUACUUGGAUCUGGAGAUGGUUGAAUUCACGCUGCAUGACGUAUUGGUUGCCUCCUUUAGUCAAGUAAUGACGAAGAGCAAGGCCAAGGGCAUCGGAAUAGUGAAUGAUGUCGAAGAUCGCAUCGGGGCAGAAAUCUUAUAUGGUGAUAGUCUUAGACUUCAGCAGAUCCUAGCUGACUUCUUAUCCAUUUCCAUCAGUUUUACACCGUCUGGGGGUCAAGUUGUUGUGGCGGCCUCUCUAACCAAAGAUCAGUUAGGAAAAUCUGUCCAGCUUGCCAAUUUGGAGCUCAGUAUAACACAUGCUGGUAGUGGGGUGCCAGAAACAUUGCUGAACCAGAUGUUUGGGAGUGAUGGACAUGAAUUCGAGGAGGGCGUGAGCCUUCUCGUCAGCAGAAAGUUGCUGAAGCUGAUGAAUGGGGAUAUCCAUUAUCUAAGACAAGAAGGCAAAUCAUCUUUCACCUUAAGCGUUGAACUUGCCGUAGGCCACAAGUUGAGGGCCUAGGUUUUUGUGGCAAAAUGAUACCUUACUGAGUUACUGUACUGUGCAUCACAAAUUCUAUGGGGCAGGAAAUGCAUUCCUUUUCGAAUUUCCAGUGUAUGUCUAAUUUCUUUCGUGCCUCCCUGCUGUCUGUUGUAACGGACAAUGCAGAUCGGCAUUAAUCAUCAUCUCUUGCCCCUGGGCUAUUAUUAUUAUUAUUAAUCUUUCUUUCGGCUAUUUAUACAGCAAUUGACGUAGAUCGUCUGUUCUUGUAUAAAUUGAAUUUGGAACUUGUUCAAUGACAUUUCUUCUGUCCUUC